AUGUCGGCUCCUAGCGCCCGUCACUGGGAGCAAAACAAGGAAGCCACCGUCUACGUCGGAAACCUCCAUGAGCGCGUCACACCUCGCAUCCUUCACGAGCUAAUGCUCAACACCGGCCGAGUACGAAACGUCAACAUGCCUGUUGAUCGCGUCAACGGCCAGCACCAAGGCUUCGGUUUUGUUGAAUUCCACACCGAAGAGGAAGCCGACUAUGCACCAAAGAUCAUGAACAACGUAGCUCUAUAUGGAAGUCGGAUACGCGUCAACAAGGCAUCCGCCGAUAAGCAAAAGAAUGUUGAAAUUGGUGCGGAGCUAUUCAUUGGUAACCUCGAUCACGGCGUUGACGAGAGGACACUCUACGAUACCUUCGGGCAGUUUGGACCUCUUGUGAACGCACCCAAGAUUGCGCGCGACGAAGUCACAUCCGAGUCCAAAGGAUACGGUUUUAUCUCGUACGGCGAUUUCGAAUCCUCAGAUGCGGCCAUUGCCAACAUGCACAACCAAUAUAUCAUGAGCAAGCAAAUCACAGUACAAUAUGCGUACAAGAAGGACGGAAAGGGCGAGCGACAUGGAGACGAAGCUGAGCGAUUGCUCGCGAAACAGGCCAAGGCGCAUGGAGUUGCUCCUGCUGUUCAGCCUCUACCAGCGCAUCUCUUCCAACUCCCGCCCGGCGUGGCUCCAAGUGGUCCAGCAAUGGGCGGAGAUGGCCGAGGUGUACCUGGGGCACCGAGCGGACCUGGAGGAGGCUAUGGACUUCCUGGUCCACCUCCCGGUGCACCUCCCAGCUUCAAUCCAAACGGAGCUCCAGGUUAUGGACGGCCGCCCCCCGCAGCUCCCAUGCAUGCAUCACUUCCACAGGCUCCAGCUGGCUUGCCCGCUCGCCCACCAAAUGGUGCCCACAACAACUUCUACCCUCCCCCGCCUGGACCCGGCUUUGGGGGCCCACCUGGCUAUGGACCUCCUCCUGGCUACCCACCAGCACCAAGGUAA